AUGGAGGAGCUGACGACUUCUCCCGACUCGAUCCCUGUUCGCACGAUACCCAACGAAUUUGACGCCAAAACCGACACAGCCGGCGUCGACACAGUCGCUGCCGACACAGCUCAAUCCUUGCUGUCGCUGCAGACCACGCCCGAAAGCCCCAAGCCCCGUGAGUCCAGACGGUCCUCCAGCGACACAAAGACGGAGACGCCUCGGAAUCAGGUCAAGUCCAGAAGCGGCAGGAACAUCCACCUGGACGACCCUCCCAAGUUCCUUGUCUCUGCCGAAAAUCCCCCGGCGUCUGCGCCCGUCCGGCAUCGAGCUCAGACGUCCCGGGUGGUCUCGAGUCCGGUUUCGCGCUCCCGGCGAAAUUCGGUCGGCGCCGAACAGCGUCUGGCUCAAAACUCGACAGCCCGGUCCAAGCCAGACCGGCCCACUCACAUCGAUCUCGAGGCGAAGAAUAACCUCGCUGCCUCGCAAACUGCCGAUCCCGUUCCUUCGCCGAUGCCUCAGUCUAUCCCGCUCCCACCCCUGUCGAUUCCUACGUACCUCCAGCUGGAACUGUCCUCUUCUCGUCCGUCCCCUCUGUAUAUCCACCGCUCCGCGACGAGCGAUUUUCCUUACGAGUCGUCGCGCGUCAAAAUCGAGAGGCUUCUGAAUUUUCUCCUGCUUCCGCCGGCUCUGGAGCAGGUGCUGUUGUUUGGGACUCUGGCAUGUCUUGAUUCGUGGUUGUAUUCUUUUACGAUCCUUCCCUUACGUUUUAUCAAGGCUCUCUAUAUAUUAGUUACGUCUUGGGUUGUCAAUUUGAGUGCGGAAAUCAGGUUUAUUACCGGUUUCAUUGUCAAGGGUGUCGGACGCGUAUGGCGGAGAAGGAGGACCCUGACAGGGCAGCAAGACAGCUCUCCGCGAACUGUCUCUGGCAGUUCGACUGCUAUCAAGGAGACAGCAGUCACCGAUCGAGAGACCCGUAACCGAUCCAACACUCGGCCGGAAGGAGGCCGGCGUUCGCGGCAGUCGAUGAGUCUGAAGCACCGCAGACAAAAGUCGAUCCCCUCGGCGUUGUUGCCAGACAAUAAAGCCGAUAUCCUGAAAGGAUUCCUGAUGAUCUCCACCUGUAUCGUUCUGAUGCGUUUUGACGCGAGUCGGAUGUACCACUGGAUCCGAGGACAGGCCGCCAUCAAGCUGUAUGUCAUCUACAACGUCCUCGAAGUCAGCGACCGCCUCCUUUCCGCUAUCGGGCAGGACGUGCUGGAGUGUCUUUUCUCCCGCGAAGCGCUGGAACGAAAGCCGGAUGGUCGCAGCAAGGUGCUGCGGCCCUUCUGGCUGUUCAUCCUGGCCCUUGCGUAUACUGUCCUCCACGCCACGUCGCUGUUCUACCAGGUUAUCACGCUCAACGUGGCGGUCAACUCGUACUCGAAUGCUCUGAUCACCCUCCUCCUGUCCAAUCAAUUUGUCGAGAUCAAAUCGACCGUCUUCAAGAAAUUCGAGAAGGAGAACCUGUUCCAGUUGACCUGCGCAGAUGUGGUCGAACGAUUCCAGCUCUGGCUGAUGCUGAUUAUCAUCGGCUCGCGGAACAUUGUCGAAACCGGCGUGUUUAGUUCCUGGGGCAGCCUGGGCUCGGGCCUGAAGGACCAGGCCGCUGCCAGCACGAACAGCACGCCUCUGUCGAGUUCGCCGCGGACCUCGACCUCCAUCCUCCCUCAGUCCUUCACGCUCUUCCCGUCAUCGCUGCUGAGCUCGUUGAGCGGGGCGAAUUCCAUCCUGCCCACUGUCGCCCAGGUGCUUGGUCCCUUUCUGGUGGUGCUGGGAUCGGAGAUGCUGGUGGACUGGUUGAAACAUGCGUACAUCAACAAGUUCAACAACACGCGGCCGUCCAUCUACGGCCGGUUCCUGGACGUGCUGGCCAAAGACUACUACACCAACGCGUUCGCGGACCAGAACCUGACGCGCCGCCUGGGGUUGCCGGUCAUUCCCCUGGCGUGCCUCUUCUUCCGGGUGUCGGUGCAGACGUAUCAGAUGUUCCUCACGGCCUGGCUGCCGCAGCAUCCGUCACCGACGCCGAACACGACGUCUCUGUCGUCGAUCCAUCAGCAGCACUACUCGUCGCGACCGUCACCGUCCGCGUCGCCGUUCAGCUUGCAGUCGGCCAUUCCCGCCUCGGUCAACCGCUUGUCGUCUUUCAUCAGCUUCGUCAUCAACAAUGCGAUCCCGUCGCCGGCGCGCUCCAUCCCCGUGUUCACCGUGACCCUCGUUCUGACGGGCUACGUCAUCCUGCUGCUGGUGAAGCUCACCAUGGGCAUUCUCCUGCUGUCGUACGCGCGGGCGCGGUACAAGGCGAUGAAAGACCGGGAACGCGAGCACUUGCAGAAGCCGACGCAGGCCCAUGGCCGCGAGCACACGGUCGAGGGGAGCCGACGCGUUGGCGGGUGGGGGGUGGUCGAGGUGGACGGCGACAAGCGGCGGUGGAUCUACGCCGACGAUCCGGAGGGGUUGCGCAAGCUGAAGGAGCGUGAAGAGCGGGCCAAAAACGCCAAAGACGGGCCAGCCCUGGAGGGCGUGAAUCGGUACGACAUGGUAGCGAAGCGAAUAUGGUAA